AUGAUCAUCGAAUUUGAAUGGGUGCGCUCGAACGACGGGACGACGGUCGUCAAGGAAAUCCUUGAAUACAAGCACGAGCCGGGCGAGCCGACGCUCAACCUGACGCGCUGCCGGAUCUCGCGCAUCCCGUGGUUGCCGCUCCCGAAGCUCAGCGGGCUUGUUUUGAGAUGGAAUUUGAUCCAACGCAUCGAGGGCCUCGGCGCGCUGCGUUCGUUGACGAUGCUCAACUUGUAUGAUAAUCAGAUCACAAAAAUCGAAAAUCUCGAGGCGCUGACGAAUUUGGAGGAGCUCGACCUGUCGUUCAAUCGCAUCGAAAAAAUUGAAGGCCUCGAGACCCUAACCCGGCUGAAGAAGCUCUACCUCGUCCACAACAAGCUGCGCAAAAUCGAGGGCCUCGAGACGCUCGUCAGCCUGGAGCUGCUCGAGCUGGGCGACAACCGAAUCCAGGGCAUCCGCGGGCUGGAGCGCCUCGAAAAGCUGCACACCCUCUGCCUAGGGUCUAAUCAGAUCAAGAAGAUUGAAAAUCUGGAACCGGUUGCAUCGACACUGCGUUCGCUGGCGAUGCCCGGCAACGUGUUGACCAAGAUCGAAAACCUGGAGCAGAUCACCGGCCUCGAGCAGCUCUUCAUCGCCCAGAACGGCCUGAAACGCAUCGAGGGCCUCGACCAGCUCGCCAACCUCGAAUACCUCGACGUCAACGACAACAAAAUCAAGAACAUUGAAAACCUCCACCGCCUCCCCAAGCUGAACACCUUCUGCAUCCGGAAUAAUCAGCUGACCGGCUGGGAGCAGCUGGAGCCGCUGAAGCUGUUGCCAUCUCUCCGAAAAGUGGCCUUCGAGAUGAACCCGCGCGUCUACUCCAGCAGCCAGGAGUAUCGCAACCGGAUCAACGCCACUCUUCCUCAGGUCGAAGAAGUCGACGGCUUCCCGGUCAAGUGGCGCUCCGGGGACCCGUGGCAGGACCUGGCGGCACGCAGCAGCGGUGACGAGGAG